UUUGUGUACAUCAUCGCCUCACACAGAGAGAGUCUGCGAACCUUGUCUUAAGGGCUGGAAGAUUUUCUCCUCCAGGUGUUACUUCUUCUCCACUGAGAGGAGGAGCUGGAGCAGCGGUCGGGUCGACUGUGUUCAACAGGGCGGAGACCUGGUGGUCAUUCACAGUCUAGAGGAACAGUUGAGAGACAUUGUAUUGGAGAUGCACAGAGGUGGGUUAGAUCUAUGGUGCCAGGUGGUUGGGCCCCAAGACAAUCUUUACUCUGGUAAUAAUACGGGAUAUAAUACGCAUAGAUUAUGGGCAUUGGAUGUAUAGAAAAUCAAUGUAUCUCUGUUGAGACAUUAGAAAGAGCCCAGGUAGAAAGAGCCCAGUGCUGUGAGUGUGAGGGGAGCCCAGUGCCUGCACCCUCAGAGACACCAACCCUUCUCGGAGCUGGAGAGAAGAGACCUGCAGCAUCAUGUUCAGAUGGAUCUGUGAGAGCCCAGCGCUCAUACGGUCAGCACAGCCAUAUAGACACACACAUACACAGAACACAUUUAUAUGUAGCCUUAAAAUCCUCCCCAAAAAUAAAGCAUUAAUACAUGAGGGGGCUUUCUUGUGGCAAUAGCAUAGCGGUGCUGGUCAUAGUACAAGGUGAAAACAAGAUGUACAUGAGGGGAUAUUUAUUAGAUAUUCCGGAAAAAUGUAUCUGAUGGGUCACUAUAUGGUCUGAAUCUGCAAUAAUGCCUCAUUCACAUUCUUCAUGUAUAAAAUGAGUAGGCCUGACUAUGGCAUGAUCUUCGUCUCUUCGCUACCUACCCACCUUUGCCCUCCUCAUCAUGGCGGUAGAUCACUGCCAACACGUCAUACAAAGUAAGUGCAGUCAUUGGUUAAUGCUUGUUGUUGGUCUACUGCCAACUCUGCCUGAGAGACGAGGCAUAUCCAUUAGUUGAUUCUGUUGCAAAACGUUUAGUCUGUUGCUAAACGUUUUGCAACGAAAACGAGAGUUUCUAUUGGACAAAUUCAGGCAGGUCCAUCCCCGCUUCGUUCCGUUUCUGUUCCAUUUUUUCUGUUUGCUUCCUAGAGUAAACGGUACACGGUUUCCGUUUUGCAACAGACAAAACGUUUUACAACCGAAUCUGACUAAUGAAUACACCCCAACUGUAUUGACAACAUUGACCAUCGUCGAACAACGAAGAAACGUCUGGCCAAGGUGCAUUGGGAAAGGACAGCCAGCUAGCUUGUUAACCAUGGCAACCAUGCGUCGUCCAAGGUACUCUCUCCGAGACUGUCUGUACUGGGAUGAGACUGAGUGCCUGACAUACUAUGGGAUGCUCUCUCUACACGAGAUGUUUGAAGUUGUCGGUUCUCAACUGACAGAGACAGACGUUGAAGUGCUGUCGUUCCUCUUGGAUGAGACCUAUCCGGCUGGAGGGCAUCCCUUGGACCCAGCUGGCUGGACCAGCGAGCCCAGUGAGGAGGACCCUGAGGCCAGUAAAGGAGUCUCCCCCAGCCCAGUGCUCCUGGAGGCCUGGCGGCGGUUACAGCCCAAGGGUCCUGCCUUGGCCUGUCCUACCGCUGCCCGCCACAAGCCCAAGAGUGGGCUAGAACUGCUGCUGGAGCUGGAGAGACGUGGGUACCUCAGUGAGGGCAACCUGGAGCCCCUGUUGCAGCUGCUGCGAGUCCUGACGCGACACGACCUCCUGCCUUUGGUGUCUCGCAAGAAAAGGAGGACAGUAUCACCAGAACGUUUCAGAGUGGACUACGGGACAGAGGACAGAAGACAGGUUUGCACAUCUGGACUGACUGACCCCUGUGCACAGACAGAAUCACCUGACGAACACACAACACAGCAAUGGAGGGGGGGUGUUGACCCUGCCAGGCCAGCGCCCGCCACCCUACGGAAGAAGAGGGGUAAAGGCCGCCGCUGGACCAACAAGCCCCCCGCCCACAGGAGAAAAGUGGGCAUCCCCGAAACGCCUCCCCCACCUGUACCUGAGAAAGUGACCUGCGACAUCCGUCUGCGCGUGCGAGCAGAGUACUGGGAGCACGAGUCGGCCCUGCGCGGCGGCGUCUCCUCGGACAAGCAGCAGCCCCUGGAGCGGCAGUUUGAGCUGUUCAGUCGUGCCACCUCCGUGCUGCGCGCCCGCGACCUGGGCUCCAUCAUCUGCGACAUCAAGUUCACUGAGCUGGACAACCUGGAGGCCUUCUGGGGGGACUAUCUGAGUGGAGCGCUGCUAGAGGCCCUGAAGGGGGUGUUCAUCACAGACUCUCUGCGGAGGGCGGCGGGGAGAGAGGGGGUCCGGCUGCUGAUCAGUGUGGACCAGGAUGACUACGAGGAGGGUCGCAGACUGCUGCUGGACGCACAGGAACAACAGGCCGGCUGCUGGGGACGAGACAGACCCAACCUGAGAAAGCUGGUUAUGGACGUUUGGCUCUGACAGACAGGCAGGCAGCUGUGCGAGGUCAUGAUCCCAAGGAUAGAGGAAUGAAAAGGAUAAUAAAAUAGGAAGAGGAACAUUUUCUUUUUUCUCUCCUUUUUAAGUCUGUCAUGCUGAGAACAGAGGAUACAGCCACUCCUAUGUCAGGGGAAUAGUCCCCAGGGAAAACAACCAAACUUGAAGUGAAGGCAAACUGGACUAAAACACACUGUUCUGUUUUGUUUUGAAUGGAUAACACAGGUUGCGCUGAGCCUAGAUGCCCUCAGGGCACUGAGGAAGAGACUGCCUCUGUCACACACACACACACACACACAAACUAAACUUCCACUGUAACACACACACAAACUACCACUGUCUUAAACAUACACACUCUGUAAAGUCCCCCACAUGAUGAACCAUCAGCUCUGCCUGUAAGACUCAUUGAAGCCAAGAGACAUUGCUUGCUGACAAUGAGAACCCAGAUACCAACUAGACUGUGCGCUAAUGUUGAGCAGCUCUGGUUAUGUUUGAGGAGCGUGUGAGAUGCCCUGCAAGGCGAACUUCACCUGCCUAAAUAUUAGUUUCAGUUUCCAUUGAAAUUUAUGAUUUUGAAAAGAUGAGCGAGACUGCAGCUCUGACACUGAGGGAGAGAUGAUUGGGAAAUGACUAAAGCAUGAGAUUAUGUCUGGACCUUUUGAGAGAGAAUUAUAAAUAUAUGGCGAAGGGAAGACUACCUGAGGUGUAGUGGACAAAUCGCUGGUCCUUCGAGAACACCAGUCCACACACACACAAACACCAUGAUCACAAGCCACUGGUAGUCCCAUCACUGUGUGCCAUGCUAACCCAGGGCCUGAUAGCUGUGGUCAGUGGCCAUCUCAUCUCAGAUGCCAGGAGAUGAUAGGAGGGAUUACCUCUCAACCUCAGCCAAUCAUAGAGAACUCAUCACAUCACCACAAGUUGUUGAACAGCAGCUGGGAUAACACACGACUAGGCUGUGCCCACCCGGGCUUCCAGCAAGGCAAGGCCACUGCCUUUCCCGUUGGAACUAAAGCACAGGACAGUGCUUCAGUCAAUAAAAGUGAUGUCGAGGAGAUCAAAAUCAGAAAGGUACAUCCUAGCUCCACUCAGCCCUGCCUUGUAGGCCCCACUAGAGUGGCUCACAGAGCGCUGUCCGUCUCUAGUCUAGUCACCCUGGUGGAACUAAUGCCUGAACUCCUCUGAGUGGGAUCAAUAACCACCUCUCUGUCUCUCCACCACAACUAUGGGAGAGUGAGGAGAAGGAGUAAGGGGAAGAGGAGAGGUAGGAGAAGGGGAAAGAGAAGGGAGAAGAGAGGAAGAGAGGGAGAAGGAUCACCACCUCCAUCCUGCUUUUCAGCUCCUGGACAGCCGCCUCAUCCUUUGGAGGAGAAGUCCCCUGAUACAACCAGGCUGCCUGGUCUGCUACAGCACUGUGUCUGGUUCACACAGCUAUAUGGGACCAGGGUUGGAGGACUAGGGAGGGACUCAGGAAAACCUUAGUAGUGUAUGCUUUUUCUGUGUUUUGAUAUAUGGAUUUAUUAGUGUAGCUUUGUAUUGUCCAUAAGAGAAAAUAACAAAUAUACUGUGUAUUGUAGUUCGUUAACUUAGGGUGAACUUUUGUUUAGGCACUGCAAAAGUGCUGUAUAUUAGUUUAAUAUAUUAGUGGAAAGUUGGAAUUAUUUCAAAUAAAAAUAAAUGGUUCAUCAAAGGUUUGUGUCUAUAAUAUAACAGUGCCUUCAGAAAAUAUUCACACCCCUUGACUUUUUCCAUGUUUUGUUGUUACAGCAUGAAUUUAAAAU